AUGGAGGAAGAUCACUUAAAGUGCUUUAGAAUUUACCGCUCCGGUGAAAUUUCAAAGGAUUCUGAUGUUAUCUUGGGAAUUGACGAAGCUGGACGUGGACCUGUUCUCGGCCCUAUGGUUUAUGGUGGAUUUUUCUGUCCCAAGGGACCCGACUCCACCUCUAUACUUAAAAAUAAGAUACGGGUUGACGAUUCCAAGAAACUCACUGAGGCCUACCGUGAAAACAAAUUUCACCUGCUCAACAAGCCCGAGUAUCCAUUCGGAAUGAUUGCGGAGGUCAUAACUCCUCAAUAUAUAAGCUACAAAAUGUUACAGAGGAACAAAUACAAUCUCAAUGAAAUAUCUCACGAAACUGCCAUUUCAAUUAUUCGCCACGUGAUUUCGCUCGGUUACAACCUUAAGGAGGUGUACAUCGACGCCGUUGGGACUGUGAGCAAAUACCAGUCUAAGUUGUCGAAGCUGUUUCCCAAAAUUAGCUUCUCUGUCAGGGAGAAGGCUGAUUCUAUUUAUCCCACUGUCAGUGCCGCUUCCAUUAUUGCCAAGGUCAUUCGGGACAAUAUGAUUAGGGCAUGGCGCCUCGACCCUAUUGUUAAGAAUAUCGGCUCUGGGUACCCUGGAGACCCUAGCACUAAGGAGUUUUUAACUGGGAACAUGGACAAGGUUUUCGGGUUUCCUGACAUCGUUCGGUUCAGCUGGUCCACUGCCAAGAACUUGCUCGAGGGCUCCGAGGGCGUCCCUGUGGAGUGGUACGACCCUGACCCUGAGGACGAGAGGAACAACUUCAAAAUCGUGCCCAAGAAGCCCCUUUUUCCUGGCGCUCUCGCACUAACUAUCACUGACUCACUUAGGCUUUAA